AUGAGAGGACAUCGUAUGAAGUCUUUCUUGUUUUUCAUGAUCACUCUCCUCAGUUUGGGGAUCCUGAUAACCACUCUUAUCUGGUACAAGUUGGACAGCAAUCAUGUGGAACCUUACCGACCACCUCCUCAAAAGAAACAUGCCCCAAAGCUGUCAGAAAUUUGCAAAGGCUGCAAGGAAAUCAUUGACAAAGUACAUCAGCGUUACAAUCAAACCUGGAAGAAGAACGAGAAAAAUUACUUAAAAUUCAGAGAUAAUCUGAGAGUUACAUGCAAUGGCUUCGACAAUGCCAUUAUUACACAGAACAAUACUCCUCUAGGAUUGAAUAUUGUUUACAGUGGGGAAAAGAAGAGGACUCUUCAGGUGAACAAGGACUUUUUCACCUUGUUUUCGAAGGAGAAUCCUUUCUCAAAUAAAAAAUUGGACACUUGUUCGGUAGUUGGGAAUGGUGGGAUCCUGUUUGAUAGUGGCUGUGGAAAAAUGAUUGAUUCAGCUGACUUUGUCAUCAGGUGCAACUUACCUCCUUUGGAAAAUGGAUAUGUGAAAGAUGUUGGCAUCAAAACUAGCCUUGUGACAGCAAACCCAACCAUCUUUUUCAAUAAGUAUGGUGCGCUGACUGGACGUCGCCUUCUAUUUGUGGAGAGUCUUCGCAAGUACGGCAACUCUCUGCUGCUCCUUCCUGCCUUCUCCUUUGGCAUGAAUACUGCUGUGUGUCAGCGGGCUGCAUAUACAAUAGAGGACUUUAAAAGCCCUAUUCGACCUGUUUUCUUCAACCCUCAGUACCUUGACAGUCUGGCUCAAUUCUGGCGCUCUGAAGGCCUGAAAGAAGUGCGGCUCAGCACUGGAUUAAUUAUGGUUAGCAUGGCCCUGGAACUGUGUGAAAAUGUGCAUCUGUAUGGAUUCUGGCCCUUUAGUAAUCACCCAUAUGGCCUCUAUACCCUGACUAACCACUACUAUGAUGACGUACUGCCUAAAACGUUUUUCCACUCAAUGCCGGCUGAGUUUGAACACUUGCUGCAGCUGCACACUGAAGGGGUACUCAGGCUUCACCUGGGAGACUGUAAAUCAGAUGAAAAAUAG